AUGUCUCACUCGGAUGUACACAAGCACUUGAUAUAUUGCACCUUGACCAUCAACUCAACCACCUUAUACACCUAUGAAAACCACCAACUCACAUCCCAUUUCCCUCGUACAAACUGCUCAGAGAUUGUGUCGCAAGAAUUGGGGUUGAUAAAUUCCUCAAAAACUCUUGUCGGCUCAAUCCCAGUAUCAACAAACACAGCCACAAAGUUGUCUCUUUACUUUAUGAAGAAGUACAUGAACAACGAGGGGAGUAGGGAUUUGGUGACGAUUGUUUCCAUUGCUCACAAUGACGUCAACAAGACGUUUAUUUUGGUGGUGUUGAAGAACAUUAUGGAUAGGUAUAUUGAUUUUAGGAACCGACAACAUGACCAAAAUGAUCCCGCUUCGAAAGCUAAACCGGGAGAGUUCAAACUAUACAUGAAACAGAUAAUCAAACACGAAGAGCUGAGCUAUGAUGUGAAUCGCCAGAGUUACAAUUACGGAUCAACUAACGAGUCCAAUGACAACAAUUCUUCAAAUCAAAUAGGACCUAAUCAGUUGUUACUAGCUAACGAGGAAGUUGGCGAGGUUAGACAGCUUAUGUUGGAUAACAUUACCAAACUAUUGAGUCGAGGAGAUAAGCUAAAUUCUUUGGUGGACCAAACAGAUCGACUCAACACAUCUUCUCUGAUGUUUCUGAAAAAGGCAAAGCAGAUAAAAAGACGUAUGUGGUUUCACAGAACAAAGUUCAUUCUCUCUGCAGUUGGUGGGUUGUUAGUGCUACUUUAUUUGUUUAUUGCCAGUCAGUGCGGCUUCCCUUUGUUUAACCAGUGUAUAAGUUAG